UUUGAUGCUAGGGUCCUUUCCCUUCUCCCCAGCCUCCUCCCCUCCCCGCUGCAGCCUGAAGCAGUGGGGGAGGGGAGCCCCGCUCUCCCUGCCCCCCCCUCCAUCCUUACCCCCCCGCGGGGGUGUGCGUGUGUGUGUGCGUGUGUUAGGGGGUGUGUGUGGGGUGCACACCGGGCUGCGGGAGGGCCACCGACCCCAAACGGGCACCCGCGUGGGUCUCCGAGCUGAAUCGGUCCGAGGGGGAUGGCAGGGACUAGAAACGUGGGUUUAAAUCCCAUCUUUUUUUCCUUUUCAGGCCAAAUGUCCGUAAUUUUAGAUCGAAACUUGAAAGAUAAAUCAAAAGGGAAAUUAAUAGACUAGGUAAAAUAUACCCGUGCACGUUUAUAAAGACAUAUUCCUACGCUGUGUAGAUAACAACGCACGCUGUUUACCAUCUGUAUCUUCCAGAGCACAGAAAAAAAUGUCGCCAUUUUGGUUUCCUGCUGAAAUAUUAUUAAUCUUUGGGCUUUAUCUUGUUCCCAGAGCCAUCCUUGCCUGAUGCUGAAACAUUGUCAUGCAUCCACGAAGCUAUAUAGAGCUUUUCUGCAUAAAUAGAUAAAGCAUGCUCAGUCAAAGAAAGGGAUUGUAAAUAUAUUUAUACCGUGCGGUUUAUUACAUAGAGAGAUAUGUAACCAUGGAAGGAAUGCUUAUUUAGUCUGAUAUUUUUUCAUUGAAACCUGGUUAUUACCCGAUACAGACCAACGACUGAUGAUUAUUUUGUAGGAGAUUUUUUUUUUUCCACAUUGCAAGACACGGCUCCUUUCAAAGAAGCUCACGUACAUAAAAUUCAGCAGCCCCCCUCCCCGCCCCGAUAAGCUGCGUUAGAUAAAACAAAAGGUAACGGUACAGCCUGUGAAUUCCUAGCGUGUGGCUACUUUAGCAGCACAAAUUACAUUUCUGAAAAUGUUCAAGAGAAGGAAUUUGGCGUUUCUUCUCCCUCCCACUCCGAAGAAAGAAAAAUACAGGCGAUUUUGCCCCUUCUUUCCAGGAACCGUUCCCUGCCCAAUCUUCAGAGGCUGUACGUUACCAGUAAGAAUUUGUAUUUUUGCAUUUAAGAUUCGCCCGAUUAAAAGAUCUCUCUGGAGGCAGAAGUAAUUGAUUUGCCCAAGAAUUUCGCGUCCCCUCUCCAAAGGUUUUGUUCCAGGUGGUUUUUGUAUUAGAAUGACCACAAGAAACAAAUGUGCAGAAUAGAGACACCCACGCAGGUUUUACUCACAAAGCCUGGUUAAAGUCCAAACCUCUCUCUUUAUUAUUUGCCAUCCUGCUGUUAAUCCCAAUAUUUUCCAGAAAAAAAUAAAAAUAAAAUAAAUAAAAGAAAAAGAAAAGCCCGACCCCAAGGUAGGCGCAGAGAAGCAAAAUAAAACCGGGCUUUCCCACAAGCAGAGCAGUCCUUUGCCAGCAUAUUUUAAAAGCAGCUUUUUUCCUUGUUUACUCGCGUUUCUUGCUCUGCCUCUUUUCUCGGCCACAUUUGAUCUUGGAAAGAGCAAGAAGCUUUAAAUGUGUUCUUAAGGGCCAGUAGCUGUCAAACCUUUUGGCGGCCAAGAUUGAUCGCGCGCAGACACCACCAGAGCUUUGUUUGGACUAAAAGCAAGAAAAUUAAACCCCUCACAUUUUCCAACAGCAUCGAUAUUUGUUAGGCAUCCCUUUUGAGGGAUUAAAUGACAAGUCUCGUUCUAUAUUUUAUUUAAACAAGCAACCACCAAAAAGCCCAUUUAAAGCCUCCCAGCCCCUCCCCUCCCCCUCUCUCCAAUGCCUUCGCAGAUAUGCUACAUCUUGUGGGUGCAUUAAUUUAAAACCGAUUUUUUAAAUGCACUUCGUGCAGUCUGGACAGAGACUGAUCCGCUGAGUGCUUGGGGUCUUCUUUUCUUAUUUUUUUUUUCCUUCUUCUGCUUAUUCUUCUUUAUUUUAUUAUUAUUAUUAUUAUUAUUAAAUACGAAGACGCUUGCCGACCCCUUUUUGGCAACUCCGAAAAUAAAGACAGACGGCAACGCAUCGCGCAGGCGAUGGUCCCCGGCUGCUCGAGGACACAGAGACCGGCUCGGAUGUUCUUUCCCCCGGCUCCCCCGGCCCCCCUCGACCCCCCGGGCCCCCGGCCCGGCCCGGCUCCGCGGGAAGGUGAGCUCCGGCCCGGCUCUGACCGUAGGACUCAUCGGGCUGGCUCCCAUGGCCAUCAUUGUCAUCGCUCGCCUCGGUCUGGUUGGAAAAUUGUGCCCAAACCCUCCAAAUUCGGGGCUCGACCUGGCAGAGGCAAAUGGAAACGACGGCAGAGAGCCAAGCUUCGCAGGCGAAUGUCGUGCCUCAAGUUAUCGCCCCCGCAGCAUUUUCGCUCUGCCUGGCCCCGUGAAAACAAACCCGCUACCAGCCCAUGUAUUUCCUGGUAAUCGAAAAUACUCACCAGACCCAGCCUACUACGGUUAUUAAGCAAAUUAUGCCAGCAGACGGGAGUAUCGUUUGCAAGCUAAGGCACAGGAUUUUGGUCUUUUUUUUUUUUUUUUUUUUUUUUUUUUUUUUUUUAAAGAGGCAACAGCCAGACGCAUUCCCAGCCUCGCGAUUUGGCUCUCCCAGAGAGGUAUUCCUAGGGUAUGUUUUUUGGUCCAAUCCCGGGUAGCCAACUGGAGAGGGAAGUCACGAAGCGCAAGGGCUGCUGCCUAUGUGACUCUUCCCCUGGAAGCAAGGUUGCUGAGGAAGAUCCAGUUAAACAAUGGCUCGGCACCGGCGGCCAAUUGUUCUCCGUACUGUACGCCCGAUGGCCACCAAAAAAAAAAAAAAAAAAAAAGGAAGAAAAAAAAAGAAAAAAAGACACAAACAAAAAAGGAAAGGAAAGAAAAAAGAGCCCAUGGAGCUCAGUCGGGAGCGAUAAAGUAGUUUUGGAGGAAGUGCUAUUCCCUAGGAAAAAAUCAAGACUCUCUGCUACAGACUCCUGCCUGGGUGCAACUUAUGUGGGGGCCUGGCGGUGUCAAAACUUUGAAGAUUAAUGGAUUACUUUGUUAAUGACUCAAGGCGUCAGAUUGAGGUGCUUAAAUGAUUUGUGAGGUGCAAAGCGUUUUCCUGACAGUCCCAAACAAUGAGAGAGAAGUGUGCGGGUGGAGGCGAGGGAGGCAGCAGGCUGCAGGACAAGCAGCCGCACACCCGCACACACACUCGCCCGCUCGCACACACACACACACACUGGCACACACACACACACACACCAGCACUCGCACACACUCGCAGCCUCCCCUCGAAACACAGAGACGCACCCGCACCUCCCUCCCCACCCCCGAUCAUUUCGGAUUAGGACGCCAAGGGGAUAGAUACUAGAGAUAUCAUUUCCCUCUUUAAAAAAAGUGUAAAUAAAGCCUUUCUGGCCCCCAAUGAGGCGUUCCUUCCCGACUUUUUUGGAUCAAUCAAACAGACAGUGGCUUCUUUUGAUUAAAGCCCAAAUUGUCAUUGGGCAGAGGCAAUCAUGUGACAGCCAAUUCGGUCCAAUUUCAACCUUGUCUCCAUGAAUUCAAUAGUUUAAUAGUAGCACGGUCCCCAUACGGCUGUAAUCAGUGAAUUAGAAAAAAAACACCCCACCAGCGAUCUUCUAUGAUAUAUUUUUUUCUUCUCUCUCUCCUUUUUCCUGGGCCUUCCCCCCCCGAGCCCCCUGAAUCCGAGGGAACUUUUUCUCCGCGGGGGCUGCGAGUUGAAGGCCAUGAAUUUCGAAUUCGAGCGAGAGAUUGGUUUUAUCAAUAGUCAGCCAUCGCUUGCUGAGUGCCUGACAUCUUUUCCCCCUGUCGGUGAUACAUUUCAAAGUUCAUCAAUCAAGAACUCGACGCUUUCACACUCGACACUGAUUCCUCCUCCUUUUGAGCAGACCAUCCCCAGCCUGAACCCAAGCAGCCACCCUCGCCACAGCGGCGGCGGCCGCCCCAAGGCGAGCCCCCGCGGCCGCAGCGGCAGCCCGGGCCCCGCCGGCGCCCCGCCGCCCCCGGAGUACCCCUGGAUGAAAGAGAAAAAGGCGUCCAAGCGAUCCGCCCUGCCGCCCGCCUCGGCCUCCGCCUCAGCCGCUGGACCUGCCUGCCUCAGCCACAAAGACCCCCUUGAAAUCCCCGAUAGUGGUAACGGUGGAUCUAGGCGGCUGAGGACGGCUUACACCAACACCCAGCUUUUGGAGCUAGAGAAGGAAUUUCAUUUCAACAAGUAUCUCUGUAGACCGAGGAGGGUUGAGAUUGCAGCCUUGCUGGAUUUGACUGAGAGACAAGUCAAAGUCUGGUUCCAGAACAGAAGGAUGAAGCACAAGAGACAGACCCAGUGCAAGGAGAACCAAAACAGUGAGGGGAAAUUUAAGAGUUUAGAGGACCCGGAGAAGGCGGCGGAGGACGAGGAGGAGGAGAAAGCCCUCUUCGAGCAAGCCCUCAGCAACGUCUCAGGCGCUCUUUUGGAAAGGGAAGGCUACGCUUUCCAGCAGAAUGCACUGUCGCAGCAGCAGGCGCAGAAUGCGCACAAUGGCGAGUCCCAAAGUUUCCCCGUUUCGCCUUUAACGAGCAAUGAGAAAAAUCUGAAACAUUUUCAACAUCAGUCACCCACUGUUCAAAACUGCCUCUCAACAAUGGCCCAGAACUGUGCAGCUGGCCUAAACAAUGACAGUCCUGAGGCCCUAGAUGUCCCUUCUUUACAGGACUUUAACGUUUUCUCCACAGAUUCCUGCCUACAGCUUUCAGAUGCAGUUUCCCCCAGUUUGCCAGGAUCUCUGGACAGUCCCGUAGAUAUUUCUGCUGACAGUUUUGACUUUUUUACAGACACACUCACCACAAUUGACUUGCAGCAUCUGAAUUACUGAGAAAUUAAAGACGUCCUCUCCAAGAGUCCUGCCUUCUCCUCCUUAUUCUCCCUCCUUAUUUUUAUUUUUAUUUUUUCAGUGAAUUAAUUUUAUUUCCCCACCCCAACCCCUUUCCCGGUCAGUAUUUUCUGUUUAUUACCUCCCUUUUGCUGUGCCAUUUUACCGUUUCCCACGAAGUUUUAGUUGUGUUCAGUUUUAACCUAGCCACAUUCUAGGUCCUUCUAUGAAAGCAAUAUAUGAGGUCUGUAAGAAAGUGAUCAUAUAGGAAUUGUAUCGUCACUUUCUUUUUAUUUUUGUAUUGCAUUAGGAUGCGUUGUCAUAAGUAUUUUUGGUAGAAUAAAUUCUUGUUUGCUACAA